AUGGAUAGAUUGAACAUGUUGGGUGGGCAGUUGAACCCAUCUUCCAAGCAGGCAUUGUUGCAAAAAAACCCGGACGAUGUUGUCAUUGUCGGCGCGUACAGAACGGCCAUUGCCAAGGGCGGCCGGGGCAGCUUCAAAGAUGUGGGGUCGGACUGGAUCUUGACCAAGUUUUUGGAGGCCUUUUUGAAGAAGACAAACGUGGACCCAAAAUUGAUUGAAGACGUGGCCGUGGGCAAUGUGUUGAACCGUGCCGCUGGUGCGUCCGAACACCGUGGUGCCUGUCUUGCAGCGGGUAUUCCAAACAGCUCGGCAUUUAUUGCUCUCAACAGACAGUGUUCGUCUGGCUUGAUGGCCAUUUCGGAAAUCGCCAACAAGAUCAAGUGUGGCGAGAUUGACUGCGGUAUCGGCGCCGGUGUCGAGUCUAUGCUGUCCAACUACGGGCCCCAGUCGAUUCCUAAAGUGGACCCCAAGUUGCAAGAGAAUGAGGAGAUGGCCAAGUGUUUGAUUCCAAUGGGUAUCACGAACGAGAAUGUGGCUGCCAAAUACAACAUUCCUCGCUCCAAGCAGGAUGAAUUUGCUGCUGCUUCCUAUGCCAAGGCCGAGAAGGCUGUUUCUUCUGGCGUGUUCAAGUCUGAGAUUUUGCCCAUCGAGUCGUACAUUCGCGAGGACGAUGACGACGAAGAAGAGGGUGAAGGCAAAGUGAAAACCAUUGUGGUGGACACAGACGAAGGACCAAGAAAGGGUGUUACUGCGCAAUCUUUGGGAAAGUUGAAGCCUGCCUUCAAGAAGGAUGGUGUCACCCACGCCGGAAACGCCUCUCAAGUCUCGGAUGGCGCUGCUGCCGUCUUGUUGAUGAGACGUUCUUUGGCCGAAAAGAAGGGCUACCCAAUCCAGGGUAAGUAUGUGUUGUGUUCUUCUGUUGGUGUUCCUCCAGAAAUCAUGGGUGUGGGACCAGCAGUUGCCAUUCCUACUGUGUUGAAGAAGACUGGCUUGACUGUGGACGACAUUGAUGUUUUUGAGGUGAACGAGGCCUUUGCUGCUCAGUGUUUGUACUCUGCUGAAAGCUGCAACAUUCCUCCAGAAAAAUUGAACAUCAACGGCGGUGCCAUUGCCUUGGGCCAUCCUUUGGGAUGCACCGGUGCUAGACAGUACGCUACUAUUUUGCCCUUGUUGAAGACGGGCCAGAUUGGCUUGACUUCCAUGUGUAUCGGCACAGGAAUGGGUGCUGCUUCGAUUGUCAUCAAAGAGUAA